AACACCCCCAUCCUCUCCCAAAAGCCCGUACGGUUCACAUCUCGCCCAGCAUGAGUGUCCUACGACCCUUCCGCGCGACCGAUAUGUUCAAGUUUAACCACAUCAACCUUGACCUGUGGACAGAGACCUACGCCAUCAACUUCUACCUGGGCUACUUCUCCCGCUGGCCAGACAUGUGCGCGGUCCAGGAGACACCGCAGGGGCGUAUCAUGGGCUACGUAAUCGGCAAGGCCGAGGGCUCCGGUGCAGAGCGGCACGGGCACGUCACCGCGCUGAGCGUCGCGCCCGAGUACCGCCGGCUCGGGCUCUCGCGCAAGUUCAUGUCCUGGCUCGAGCAGGUGUCGGACGAGAACCAGCGCGGGCUCUUCGUCGACCUCUACGUGCGCUGCGUGAAUACCGCCGCGAUCACGAUGUACGAGGGCUUCGGGUACAGCGUGUACCGCCGCGUGAAGGAGUACUACAGCAAUCUCGGGCUCGGGCUCAAUCCAAGGGAUGAAGAGGACGGAUUUGAUAUGCGAAAACCGCUGUCGCGAGAUCCUAUGCGACGGUCUGUACGGGCGAACGGACGAGACAUCACCGUCAGUGCGCACGAAGUACCAUGAUGUAACAAAAUCUCGUCAGUCUCGCUGUAUAUAUCAGAUGCUCAUCUCAAACUUUGCGGAACAAUCAUUCCCGUCA